UCCGAAGGAUUCUUCCACCGGAGGAGGUGGUUCAGCAGGGAUGAGCUCGCCGCACGGGAAAAGCGCAAAACAGGUAAAAGCAGCGAUCAGUAAGAAGGUUCAGAAACAGCAGAUUAAACAGAGGAGGCGGUCCAGUGAGCAGAGUGGAGACUCAGAAGUGUUAGCGGCUGGAGUCAACCCCCCCCAUGGUAGGAGGUACAGCCAGACCCCCACCCCCUUCCCCAGAGAUAGAGAGAGAGCUACAGGGGAUGAAGAGGAGACAGAGGAGGACCUGGAUGUGGAGGACCUGGAUGUGGCAGAUAUGAUGAAGACGAGUGGUCAGAAGCAGGAAGAGAAGGAGUCCAUAGACCUGCUCCCUAUAAUGGACCCAGCAUUUGGACCGGACAGGGACCUACGACCAGAGGAGAUUGAAGAGCUUCGCGAGGCGUUUGUGGAGUUUGAUAGGAAGAAGAAUGGUUAUGUCAGCUACAAGGACCUGGGAGAGUGCAUGAGGACCAUGGGCUACAUGCCCACAGAGAUGGAGCUCAUCGAGCUGGGCCAGUCCAUCUGUGGCGGCAAACUAGACUUUGAGGACUUUGUGGAGCUGAUGGGCCCAAAGAUGCUGGCAGAGACAGCAGACAUGAUCGGAGUGAAAGAACUGAGAGAUGCAUUCAAGGAGUUUGAUGCUAACAGUGAUGGUCAGAUCAGUAUAAUGGAACUGAGGGAGGCCAUGAAGAAGCUGAUGGGAGAACAGCUGACCAACAGAGAGAUCGACGAGAUCCUCCGAGACGUGGAUCUCAACCGGGACGGACUGGUCGACUUUGAGGAAUUUGUUCGAAUGAUGUCACGCUGAGAUAACCAUAUGGUUGUUGUGCAACAACUGGAAAAGGUACCACUACGUUUGUAGUGAACAACUGGAAAAGGGACCACUACGUUUGUAGUGAACAACUGGAAAAGGGACCACUACAUUUGGAGUGAAGAACUGGAAAAGGGACCACUCCAUUUGUAGUGAACAUUCUUGUUCUACUGACUGGACCUCGGUUUGUUAUUUUUUGUUAAGCAGCACUUAAAUUGAGUGAACACUUAAUAGUAGUUCUACAAAUCUUGUAACUCAAGCUGUGACAGUUAAAUUGAACAUUGAUUGGUUGUAACAUCUCAAAAUCCUAAUGCUUGGUUGUCUCUUAUGAGUAUCUCUUAUCUUUUUAAAGUGUAUUUUUGUUUUUUUAAGUGAAUGUUUUUACUCUGAUUGUAUGUGUGUUCAAAGGUUUAACCUCGUUUGUAAAAUGUGACAUUAUUUUCAAAU